AUGGAGGAGGAGCGCCUCUGGAAGUUUCGCAAGCCGGAGUGGCUUAACAGCAUCUGGGCGCGCAACUUGGGCGUCUACGGCGCCGGAGCUCUGUUCUCCAUCGCCUUCUACGUAAUGCUCGACUCGGCGGUCUGGUCCAAGUCGGCCAAGAACGGCUCCGACACGCACAUCACCUUCGUCGACUGGCUGCCCCUCAUCUUCUCGUCGCUGGGUAUGCUCAUCAUCAACAGCGUCGAGAAGGCGCGGCUGUCGGCGGACAGCUUCUCGUACAGCGGCAACGGCGUCGCGUGGAAGGCGCGCGUGGUGCUCUUCCUCGGCUUCGCGGCGCUGGCGGGCGGCAUGGCGGGCGGCGUGACCGUCUUCGUGCUCAAGUUCGUUGUGCAGGACGUCGGGAUGCCCGCGCUGGGCAUGGGCAUCGAGAACGUGGUGGCGAACGCGCUGGUCGGCCUGAGCAGCGUCGUGCUCUGGAUCAGCCAGAACAUGGAGGAUGAGUAUAGCUACAACCUUGCCCUGUGA